AUGCAGCAUAUGAAUGGAUGUACUCUUAUUCUCACUUUCACCUUCCACGCAAAUGAAAAAUUGAAGAAAAUAAAUAAAAAUCUUGUGAAGCGUGAAGGAAAGAGCAUGGAGUGGAUUCCAUGUGAGGAGCAGGCGGGGACGCUGGGGUCACGCGAAGGACACUGUGCAACGUGUCUGUUAGAUCCAGCAACCGGAGAGGAGUGGGUAAUGUGCGUUGGCGGUUAUUGCGAAGGGGAACGCGAUGGAAAGGUCAUGGUGAGCAAAGUCUUUCAGAAGCCGGUCCUUUGCUGGAUUACCGUUGCCAAACAUUUACCCUGCUUUGAGUGCGAUGGUGCAUCCUUGACGCGGGUUGGGAACGACGCCGCUGUGGCGUACAUGUUUGGUGGACUAGAUGCGGAAAUGAAUCUGUGCAACCGUCUCCUGCAAGUUGGUCUGCAUUUUGAGGAGGGAUCUCCUACGCUCCACGUAGGUGAUCUGCAGACCACUGGAAAUUGUCCCCCGCCGCGCUCCCAACACUCGGCGGGUGGAACGGUGACCCAUCUUUUUGUAUUUGGCGGUGAGACAGACAGCGCAGAACAGACCAAUGAUAUGUACAUGUUAGACAUUACCACGCUUGUAUGGACACUUAUCAAGGUAGAGUCGCCUGCUCCGUCUCCUCGUCGUCUCGCUGGUUCUCUUUUAUUUGUUUUGCCUCAUGUCUGUGUGCUUUACGGAGGGGCACAUUUUGUGGGUGGUGAUAUUGAGAGUCUAGACGACGUUUGGUCUUGCGACCUCUCCUCUGUUUGUGUAUGGACGCGGCUACAAGGGAAUGAUGGUGAUACAGAGUUUGUUUUUCCAAGGUCCAAUGGUCAUGCUGGUGGUUUGUUGCGCGGAAAUGAGAAAGUGAGUGCAUUGUUUCUUGGCGGCAAGGACGCCGCUGAAGGAUGUGACAAGGUGAAGCAGGUACAGUGGUGUAAAUCAUGGAAGAGUGUAUUCCGUUUGCGCCUGUUGGAACCAACAUUUAAGUGCAGCGAAGGUCCACACUGGCGUUACACACCGGUGGUGGUGGAGACUCGGCAGGGGCUUCUUCUAAUGGGUGGGCAGUGUCGUCAUCCACAGGACGUGGCUGCAUUCUACCUAAAGUGUGUAACGGACAUUGACCGUUUAUGA